AUAAUAAACAUGAAAAUGGUCAAAUUUGCAAAUGUUUACAGCCUUUGUUCUCCAGAUGAAACAAAGACUGAAUGCAUCUUGAGGCGUCUCACUCAAAACAGGGAAGCAUUUUAGCAAGAGUGACGACUAUUUUUAGAGACACCACACACCGCACAUGUGCUUCUGACCAGAGAGCUGCUGCUGCACACUUAGCUUCAUUCUGUGGUCUCAGUUUUAACAUGUAAGGAAGUGAGACAAAUCUGUGGUAAGUCACUACUAGAUCUACGCAGACAUCAGGACAAAUGGGGUAAAAGGUAUUCAAUCAGGCUGCAUUUUAAGAGUCUACCUACAAAGUGUGUUGGUUCGUAACUUCUCUGGAUAUCCUGCGCAUUACUGCUUUGUCGUUGACCAUUCCUCACAUGUGCUGUUUUCUCAGAUUCCUCUCCAGCAGACGAUAAAGCUCUUAUCACACAGUCUUUGGAACAGAGGAGGAACUUUGACCUGGUUAGAAGGAAAACCUCCCUCACUUUGCCGUGUGGCCCAGGCACCAGAUCAUCUCACUACCUCCCACUCUUUACCAAACAGGAGCAAUCAGGAAAAAGCUGGAGUCUUUUUUUCUGCUUUUCAGCUUAAUAGAACAGGGUGAGAAAAGCUGAACUGAAAGGUAGGUUUCACUUCUUUGGUAACAUGCCCAGCAAACGCAGCAAUUUUCAUUUCAGGGUAAAGUUUAGAUGGUUGGUGUUUGUCCUUAAAAGCAUUUCUCCUCCCAAAUGUGUCACCCAUGCAGUCUCAUUCAGUGUUGUUAUUGCAAAUUCAUUUUGCUUAAAUCCUCUGUCUGAUCAGGUUCGUCACCAUGAACCGAGCCUGGGCUGCAUUCAAAGCUCACCCGUACAUCAGUAACGUCCUGGGAUACACAACACUGUUUGCCUCCGCUGACCUCAUACAGCAGAGUGUGCUGGGAGGCAAACAAUCCACAGCCCAGGACUCAGCCACCAUCGACUGGUCUCAGACAGCUCGGGUGGCAACUGUUGGCUUCUGUUUCCAUGCCAACUUCAACUACCACUGGCUAAGAGGGCUGGAGAGGAUGUUGCCGGGAGGUGGAGUAAAAGCAGUGGCAGGGAAAGUUGUGGUAGAUCAGCUGAUUGCAGCUCCUCUCACCAUCAGUGCGUUCUAUAUCGGUAAGAUGGAAUCAAAACGCAUUUAGAUAAUUUGUUGUUCCUUUAUAUUUCUAUGUUCUAUGCAUCAUUUUAAAAAUCAAGUCUCAGUUAUGCAUCAGUGAUAAGAAACCUUUCAUCUUUUUUUGCCAAAACACAUUUAAACACAUUCAAAAAACCUCCGUACAGAAAGUUGUUUGGUGUUUGUGUGAUGUUAAAUCUUUUGGCACAUGUUUGAUUUAGACGGCUCUGUUUUUCAGGUUUGAGUUUGCUAGAAAAGCAAGAUGACCCACUUGAAGUCUGGAGACAGAAAUUUUGGACUUCUUACAAGGUACCAUUCAGUUAACCCACCAUCUUAUUGGUUGGUUUUGACCUUUGUCUUAAAUCAGCUGUAAAUUACACUUAAAACAAUUCUCUAUCAUCCAAUUUGGUGGUUAAGAAAAAAGAGAUCUGUAAAUCACAUCGUUUGUCUCUUUUUUAGGCUGGAGUGGUGUUUUGGUCAACAAUGCAGGUGAAAUACUCUUUGAUUAUUUGAUAUUUCACUUAACCAUAAGGCUGCACUCACAACCUCUAAGACACAUAGAAUUACUGUUUUUUCAUGUUGUUCUCCAUCAUCAGGCAGUGAACUUUGCGCUGGUCCCACCUGUGGCGCGAACAACUUUUCUUGGAGGUAUUGCUCUGGCUUUCACCAUCUUCCUGUGUCACCUCAGGCAGCAGCCUGACCAAAAGCUCAAGUAAACCCGAGAUCCUUCACCCCAUGAUGCAAGUUUCUCUGAGGAAAGACUUUUUCUUUGAGGAAUAUUUGACAAUGCCAGAUAGUUACAUCAAAUAAAAGAGCGGAAUAUUGUUGCUGAGUCUCUGGGUUUACUGAGGAAACAUGUAACAAUGAAAAGUUGACUGAGUUCAACCCUACAGCCACAUGUUCAUGGAAGUAUUUUCUCAGCGAUGAACAGAGCUGUGUGUGUUUUUUUAACUGCUACACUGUCUCACAAUGUCACAUAAGGGAAUAUUUUUGUUGAUGAUGCCAUAAAUUUUGUAACAAACAAAUACAAAUAAACUGUGUUUUCAUA